GCCGAGGGAUUUCCUCCCCCCUAUUGUUCUCGCCCCUCAGCGCCCCCCGUUAAUCCCCCCUCAAUCUGGGGCGGGGGCGGGCGGGGGGACCCCCCCAGUCCCGCCGGUCCAUGGUGAGGCGGCGGCGCCGGCAGCACCCAGAGAAUGGUGAAUAACACUGAAGACCCUCAAGAGGCUUUAUAACGUCCCAUCCCCAUGUAAAGUAUGCUCAGAACUUUUCCAGUAGUCCUGCUGGAAACCAUGUCUCACUACACGGACGAGCCAAGAUUUACCAUAGAGCAGAUAGACCUUCUGCAGCGCCUGAGACGCACGGGAAUGACCAGGCAUGAGAUCCUCCACGCUCUGGAAACCUUGGAUCGCCUCGACCAAGAGCAUAGCGACAAAUUCGGGAGAAGGUCUGGCUACGGGGGCGGUUCCUACGGCAACAGCACCAACAACGUGCCGGCCUCCUCCUCCACGGCCACAGCCUCCACGCAGACCCAGCACUGUGGGAUGUCCCCCUCGCCCAGCAACAGUUACGACACCUCCCCGCAGCCUUGCACUACUAAUCAGAACGGGAGGGAGAGUAACGACAGGUUGUCCGCCUUCAACGGGAAGAUGUCGCCCACCCGGUACCCCCUGGCCAACAGCCUGGCCCAGAGGUCCUACAGCUUCGAGGCCUCCGAGGAGGACCUGGACAUCGACGACAAGGUGGAGGAGCUGAUGAGGAGGGACAGCAGUGUGAUAAAGGAGGAAAUCAAAGCCUUCCUGGCCAACCGGAGAAUCUCCCAAGCAGUUGUUGCACAGGUAACAGGGAUCAGUCAGAGCCGGAUCUCCCAUUGGCUGUUGCAGCAGGGGUCGGACCUGAGUGAACAGAAGAAAAGGGCAUUUUACAGAUGGUACCAGCUUGAGAAGACAAAUCCUGGGGCCACACUAAGCAUGAGACCAGCUCCUAUCCCAGUAGAAGAGCCAGAAUGGAGACAGACGCCUCCCCCAGUCACAGCUACCUCUGGGACCUUCAGACUACGGCGAGGCAGUCGGUUCACGUGGAGAAAGGAGUGCCUGGCAGUCAUGGAAAGUUACUUCAAUGAGAAUCAAUAUCCAGACGAGGCAAAGAGAGAAGAAAUUGCCAAUGCCUGUAAUGCAGUUAUCCAGAAACCAGGAAAAAAGUUGUCGGAUUUGGAGCGAGUCACCUCCCUCAAAGUGUACAAUUGGUUUGCCAACAGGAGGAAGGAGAUCAAGAGAAGAGCCAAUAUCGGUAAUGUAUCACAGAGCCUCUUUGCAGGGGCUGCACUUGCUCAGGAGAGGUGGCAAUUGCGUCAGAAUAUAUUAGUGGGAACACUGGAGGUUCUGACAGUCUCUGUAGAAGUGUGGAGGAAUUAUGAAAAUCAGCCCCUUGCUGUUCCAGAUUUUUUGUGGAAUACGUGCAGGAGUUUAGUUUGUGGAAGCCCGUCAUCAGUGCAGGAAAAGUGGUGCUGUGACAAAGUUUUACUGGAAGAUCAGCUUUAAAAAGCAAAGUGAGAA